AUGUUUACUAAACUUGAAGAACUAUCAUCUCUCGAUAAUCUCAUUAUUACUGGAGAUUUUAAUUUUCCGGAGAUCACCUGGCCAAUAACUUCGUUAUCUGACACCGAAAACUCUCAUAAUUUAUUUAAAAGUUUUGUAGUAAAUUCGAACUUAAUACAGCUCAUUACAGAACCUACCAGAUUUAGAACUAAUAACCAACCAUCUACUUUAGAUCUGGUGCUUAUUAACGACGAACAGCUGAUUUCAUCUCUCGAAAUCAGCUCUCCUAUAGGAAAGUCAGAUCAUGCAGUUAUAACGGCUCACAUCCAAUUCAAUCAAAUUCUACCCCGCAAAAAUAAUAUUGUAACAUACACCACAACAGAUUUUUCUGAAGUCGACGCUGAAUUCUCUCAAAUCAACUGGAAUUUGUUUUUUGCUGACUUAAACGACCCUUCAUCAAUGUGGACUGCAUUUCUCGAUACCGUCCACAAUAUAAUUUCUAAAAAUACUACCAUCCGUAAGACUUAUAAAAACAAUCUUAAACCGUGGAUUAAUCAAACGGCUUACGAGCACCAUCAGGCAGGCAAAGGUCAACGUCUUAUUGUAGCUCAUAUCGGUAGCGAUACAGGUUUUCUGGAAAAUAGUGCUCUCGUUUUUAUAUCAAAGAAAACUGUCGACUAUCACGAGGACAUGGACGCCGUAUGCUUUGAAGGAUGGUUCGAAAACGUUCUUCAGCAUCUCGAACCUAACUCAGAGGUAGUAUUAGACAAUGCAUCCUACCAUAGUCGACUUGUUGAACGAAUUCCUACUAUGAGUGACAGAAAAGCAGUUUUGCAACAUUGUUUGAGGGGAAAAUCAAUUCCAUACGGCGAGGAUAUGGUUAAAAUGGAGCUUAUGAGUAUUAUUAGACAACAUCGUGGUGCAUAUAGUCAGUAUACUGUAGAUAUAAUGGCUAGACUUCAUGACAUUACUACUUACGACUACCGCCUUAUCAUUGUGAAUUUAACCCAAUAUAAUUAA